GGAUAGGCAUGGCGGGAUACGAGCCCGCGCUGCUAGAACGCUUGCGAGAGAAGUUUGCGAGCCUAACAAAAGCGACGGGCCUAACAGCACCCAGAAGCAUCGAAAUAUGGGACCGACUAAUUACACUAUAUAGCGAGCCGCAUCGUCACUACCACUCGUUAGCUCACCUGGACGCCGUGCUCGCCUGGCUGUCCGAUGCGCUGCACGGCGCGGGCCCGGCGUCUCUCACGGCCUGUGACGAGCCAGUGCUGUUUUGGAGCGCGUGGUUUCAUGAUGCUAUCUACGAGCCGCAGCAACACGACAAUGAGCGGCGAUCCGCAGAGCUUGCCGUAGAACUGCUGUCGCGCCAUGCCGGCGACCUGACAACCGACCGCCUCCGGGUCUUGGUAACACUGAUCAUGGCUACCACUCGCCACCAGCUGCCCGAGCUGCACGACUUCGAGCUCGCUGCAGCCUCAACAGCGGGCGCAGCUGCUGCUGCUGCUCCUGCUGCUGCUGCUGGGGAUGGCGCCAGCGCUGCCUGCGCUGGCGGCGGCUCCGCCACCGCCGCCGCUGCAUUUGGCGCCGCCGCACCCAUCGUGGCAGCACCAUCCCAGAACCCAGCACCCGCCACUCCGCGUCCACAGCCGGAACACGUCCCGCUGCAGCAGCAGGACGAGGCUCUGCUACAGCGGCUGCGCCACGACGCCGCGCUGCUGCUAGACGCCGACCUCUCCGCCCUGGGCGGCAGCCCUCAGGCCUACGCCGCCUACGCCGCCGACAUACGCGCCGAGUACCAGCCGCACUACGGCGCCGCCGCCUAUGCCGCGGGCCGGUGCCGCGUGCUCCGCGGCUUCCUGCAGCGGCCCGAGCUGUACUUCACGAGUCGGGGGCGCUCGCAGCACGAGGCCGCCGCGCGGGCCAACCUGGCGGCUGAGCUCGCAGAACUGGAGGCGGUGGCGAGGGAGGUGCAGGCGGAAGAGGGAGGAGCAGAAGCAGCGGUGGUUGAAGCAGAGGCGAUAGCAAGCAGUGGUGGCGACAACGGCCGCGACGAGUGAGAGCUGAAGAAGCCGGGGCCAAGGCGCGCAGAGUGGCGGUGCAAAACGGUAUUACGGAAAGCACAAAGGGAGGCAACAGCGCGGCUGUAGCAGCAAGCGUCGAGU